AGGCGGAAGAGGCGUGUUGUUUCGUCUGGACACAAGCAAACACAACUGCAAGUCUACAGGGUGCGAGCCCGUACCCGCUGCUUGCGAUCACGGAGCGUUUAAAUCUACAAUUAAAGUAGAGGAAAUGCUGUAAAAAAAGAGGGUCGAGUUACUUUUUAAGGUGACUUUAGGUCCAGACAGCGCACGUCCGCUUAGUGCUCACAACGAGAAAACUGCUGGUCUAAGACGGAAACAACGGCGAAAACAGACACGACGUCUUCAUCCACUCCCGUAGAGGACCGCACGAUCUACUUUGGCCCAAGACUAUAGACACCCAGGCGUAAUCUAAGAAUUUAGUGUUAGAUGCUAUCAGAAUGGGGAACAGCAGCAGUGACAGAGCCAGCGGGGGUCAGAGUGAACGAGGGAAAGAGGCUCGUCCCAACAUCCUGAUUGACAGCACAGAGGAUGCAGAUAUUUUCCAGAGAGAGGAUGCAAAGGUGCCACAGGAGGAUCAGGAGUUUCUGGCCUGGCAGCAGGACCUGGAAAGUGACAGUAAAUGUCCAACACUUGCCAGGCCAACAGUGUUCCGCUGGACCGGAAGCGCCAAAGAGGUCUUUGUGUCUGGCUCCUUUAACAACUGGUCCACCAAGAUCCCUCUCAAUAAAAGUAAGAACAACUUUGUGGCAAUCAUGGACCUGCCUGAGGGAGAACACCAGUACAAGUUUUGUGUAGACGGACAGUGGACGUUGGAUCCAACAGGGGCUGUGAUCACGACAAAAACCGGAACCGUUAAUAACAUAAUCCAGGUGAAGACAACUGACUUUGAGGUCUUUGACGCCCUUCGAAUUGACUCUCAAGAUUCUGCAGACAUCUCAGACUUGUCCAGUUCCCCUCCUGGUCCCUACCAACAGGACGCCUACGUUGUCAAAUCAGAAGACAAGCUCAAACAUCCUCCUAUCUUACCUCCACACUUGCUCCAAGUGCUGCUCAACAAAGACACAGGGAUCUCAUGUGACCCAACCCUGCUUCCUGAGCCUAACCACGUGAUGCUCAAUCACCUAUACGCCCUCUCCAUCAAGGAUGGCGUCAUGGUUCUGAGCGCAACUCACAGAUACAGAAAGAAGUAUGUGACUACUCUUCUGUACAAGCCCGUAUAAUUAAUUUGAGUUUAUUGUCAUGGUGAUGGUGUGGACCCUUUAUGAUGUUGUUUUAAAUUCAUAAUUAUAUGUUUUAUUUCGUUGUU